AUAUUUUGGAAGCAGUUGGAAUAAUUCUUAAGGAGAAACUGUGCUAUACGCUGUCUUUGCUAAAAAGAAAUAGUUUUCUAAUAAAAAAUGUUAUCUGUGUUAGUGUGGUAACAUUGCAAUUUGUGUUCUGCAGUAAGUAAACAUGGCGGCUCCUGGCAACAGUCCGUUGCAUUCCCAAAUACCGAAAAUGGAUAAACUUAACUGGAAACCCUUAUCUCUCACCCUGGUUGAAUAUCCUGAAGGAGAUGUAUUAGGCCAGCUUCUUGCCCUUGUGAGCCUCACUCCAUUUGCCAUACUUGCUGGUUUCAUCACACUUAUGUUAUUUCGUAGGGAUUUACAUACUAUCGCAUUUUUUCUUGGAAUAAUAUUAAAUGAAGCACUUAAUUUUCUUCUGAAGAACUGGAUUUGCGAACCUCGUCCACUAGUAAGACGAGUGACUUACCAAGAAUAUGGGAUGCCUUCAUCACACUCCCAAUUUAUGUGGUUUUUCACUCUCUAUUUUUCUCUGUUUGUAAUUGUCAGACUUACGCACACCAACAACUACUCUCAUAUUGAAUGGUUAUGGAAAGGCUUACUACUGUUGGGAACCAACAUACUUUCUACUUUAGUCACCAUCAGCAGAGUGUAUCUUCAGUAUCAUACGUGGUCACAAGUGGUUGGUGGAGCAUUAGUGGGUGGUGCGCUAGGUGUGUCAUGGUUUAUUUUGGUCAACUGUUUCCUUAGCCCAUAUUUUCCAGCAGUGGCAUCAUGGAAAAUGUGUGAGCUCUUAUUGAUUCGUGAUUCCUCUCUCAUCCCUAAUGUUCUCUGGUUUGAGUACACAAAUAUUAGGCAAGAAGCCCGUGCUCGCAGCAGGAAACUUGUCUCUAUGAAGAGUCAAUGACACCUGCUUGGCGGGGCGCCCUUAACAAACUGCAGUAUUGAAAAAUGGACGUCCCUCAUUACAAAUUUCUUCCAACGCAAGUGAUGCAUUAAAUUGUAAAAUAAAUGUGAAGCACUAUCCAAGUUUACUAAGAUUUGAAGAUCAUCUGACAUCUUUCGUCAAUCCAUCCAAAAGAUCUGAGAGUUAGUUCAAAUUAUGGGUUUGGGCCAACGACUUCAAGACUUUUUAAAGUGUUGUUUGAAAUGAACUGUAGGUUUUGGUUACAUUCACUCCAAAAGUUUGCGGACAGCAUGCAAGUGUUAAGUAAUAUUAAAAGUGAAAUGAAGUUGUGCAGGAUAAAAACGUUAGUGACUAGUACUUUGCUGUACAAAUCGUUAUCGAUUAGUAUCAUAAUUUUUAUAUGAACUUCUUAAAAUCCAUCUUUUAAAGAAAAAUGAAAGUACUAUCCUCGAUUUUGUUAAAUGGUUGUGUAGAUUUUCUACUCCUUGUUUAAAUUUGGGCUGCCAUUUUUUCUUCCUUUGUUUAAAAUAUAUAUUUUUUUUUAUUAUAGUUGGAUGUCUAUUAACAAGUGAUCAAUGUAAGCUUUGAUAUUAGAAUUUUGAAGGUAUUUUGAUGAUGAGAACAGCACCUCUCUUUGAGCACAACUUUAUACUGGCUGGUCAUAGUAGCAUAGAGCAUUGUAACAGAUUGUCUAGUUUGUUACCGUUAUCUGUUGUUCCAUUUAGCAUGUGUGUUUCUGGUUUUGUCCUGCUGUGUUCUUUUGUACUAUCUAUUCCAUAGUGACCAAGACUGUGCAUUUUUUAUUUUUUUAUUUCUUGUGGAAACUCCCGGAGUAUAAAUGAAUUAUUGUCAACAGUAUUCUGUAAGGUAAUGGGUGUCACCUCUUCAAAAUCUUAAAAGAGUUACUCUUUUUAUAUAAACUUAGGGCAAAAUUAUUCUUACCAAAUUUGUCAGAAGAUUUUGUCUGACACACUAAGAAGUUCUAAGAAAUUUUCUAUUGACUGCAAGCAUGAGUCUUUUACCAUACGACUUCUCAUAAGUCCUCAAUUUUAUUCCAAAUUUAUAUAUGUAUUCUUGCUGUCAAUUAUUAAUCUGAAUUCUUUUAUCUUCUGAGCAGUAGUACAUUUUAAAGUAUGCUGAGUUUGGCCAAAGGAGAUUGCUACAAGGAAAUAUAUAGUUGGCUAAUAUAUAUUUAACAACUGAUAUUCCACUCUUUUUAAGGAAACUAAUAAAAGUAGGUCAGUAUCUCAAGUGACCAUCAAUGCUGCUCCAAGCUUCAAUGUGGAAAAAAAUUGACAGCUUGUUCAGCUUGCUCAAAUCCAUAGUGGUCUCACAUUUUGUACUUUCGUACUCUGCUGAAUGCCUAACUCAAGUAACCCAUGUUGUGUUGGGGUAUCCUUUUUCUUUUGACUGAAAGUGGGAAGAUUUUGUUCAUGGAUGAAUGAUAGAACAUUCAAGAAUUAGAAUACUGGUUACUGUUGUAAACUGAUGUCUUUUUUAAAUUCUAUGAAUUCUUUCUCAUUGAACGAACAUAUAUCUAAAGAGAAGAUUACAUUUUUGCUACUGUUCUGGUUCAGAUACAAUGUUUGAUUGUACUCCUUGAUACAGUUGUAUCUUUAUUUUCAUAGUUUGGUUCAUUGUCAAGACUGAUAAUUGUCAGGAGCUGAACAUUUCAUUUGGCAUGGUUUAAAAUUCCAACGUUUCAUAUCUCUGUGUAUAAAUUUUGUAAGUUUCUUGUUUCACCAUCAUUGACAAUAACUAUUAUUUUUCUCUGAGAUUUUUUGUGUGUCUGUGUUCUCAUUAUAUUAAUAGACUAAGAAGGAUGUUGAAUGAUAUUAUCUAAAGUGUUCUUGGACAUAGUGUUUUUAAGCCUUCAGAAAAGCAUUUACAUCAGAGAGAAAACUCUCUUUGAUAUUUGGUGUGCACUGUUGAAGCCAAAUCCUCAUCGUUUUCCGUUGAUCUUCCCUAGUGUGGAGGCUUUUGUACUUCCUAGAAUAUUUUAUUUUGCAUCAAUUAGAGUUCUUGCCAGCAUAUACUUCUACUGAUUUUUUAAAUCUAGCCGUAAGUAUCUCCUGUGUCUUGAAAGCAAUUGUGCUCCACAUAUUCUUGCAUCAUUUGGUAUUGGUGAGUACUUUCUUUCCUUUUAUGCUUACAGAGAAAGAAACAUCAGCACUAAUUUUAUACCAAGCACAUUAAGAUAUCUGGAUUAGGAGUAGAUACCAUGUAUGUGGUAAAACAAAACUAAAAUGAGGAACUAUAUGUUUGUAGCCUCAUAGCAGAGCAGGAAAAGUGCUCUCUUGUGAGCGAGUACCUACUGCAUAAUCUUCCUGCCAUAAUGUUAAAUUAUUUGAAUUGCAGUGUUUUUUCUCAGCACAAAUGAAGAUUAUAACAUUAAAAUAAGUGUUGGCUUAGCCAUUAUAAUUGAACCCACAGAUCUCAUUGUGUUUUCUUUUGUUUCCUUUUAAAGUAAGACUUAGCAUAGGGUUCAUUUACUAGCAUUGUCUCUAGUAAAUAUUAUUGCUUAUGAGACUGUACUUUGUGCAAGUGACACUUCAUUUUUGUGAGGAGAAUAUAGCAGUUCACUUAAUUCAUUAUAAAGCUAGUGGCUUUUAUUGAUUCAGUCACCAGAUACAUUUAUAAUAAAAACGAUCGGGCUUAGAUGCCAUGAUGUGUUGAUCUAUCUCAAAAUUUGUAAAAAAAAAUCUGUGAUCGUAAUGCAUUAUGUUGUUUUGAUUGGAUUAAAACACAGAGUCAAGGCUA